AAUUUUCAUAAUUCGUAGUUAUCAUUAGGAUUGGUCCUAAUAUUAAUCUAAAUCUAAGAUUUCAAGUCACUGACAACCUGUACAAGAAGAUGGAAUUAUAAAAAUCGCUAUGGACGACACGGAAAGCACGACUACAUCAGCUGACGAGAACACUGGCAAUUUGUGCGAUAAUCCGACAAGAGACACGUUAGCUGAGGGGCUUCUGGGUCUCCUGAAGCCAACAGUAGAUCAAUUAGACGAUAGAGUUAGAGCUACUAGGAUAUCACAAUUAGAACUAAAGCAGCAAAUAGACUCGUUGAAUGAGGAGCUUCAAAAAGUCAGAGAAGCUUUGAACAACCACCCAGACUUGGACCCUUAUGUCAAGAAACUAAUUGCCUGUAAACACAAAGUCACUGUUGUGCUUAAUGUUCUGCAAGCUUCACAAGAUAGACUUAAUGACAUAAGGCGCAUGGUCAGCAAAGAGAAAGGUGUCAGGACCAUAACAGAGUCUCAAUCUCAGGACCCAUUGGAAGGACCUAGUGGCAGCGCUGUGGCAUCUGAGAAGGGAAGCAUCAACUAACAUGGAG